CAUUAGCUAGCAACUAGUCUAGUCACCACAAUCAAACUCAAGUGCGUGAGUGAGUGGUUCACGGCAGUGGCCAAUAGGAAUAGGACCAGAGAAUUUCUCAUUCCAAUGAUCAUGAAGUCAGUCAAAUUGCAAAUUAUUAAGAAGUGAAUUGAGGGGUACUUUUCACUUUUGGGAUCCUAUAUCCAUGGCACAAUUUCUAAGUUGAAGUUGUAAAUCAAGUUCUAGUGUUCACUGAUCCAAUGGCACAAGCAAGCCUCUCUCACUUCUCAUCCUUCUUUCUGAUUCUUCUUCUCUUUGCACUGUCACUUGGGCAACAAACAACUGCAGGACAUGGACUCUCAAUCAAGGAAGCCACCAUAGACGAUAUCCAACUAGCUUUCAAGCACAAGCAGCUCACAUCAAGGCAACUGGUCCAGUUUUACCUUGGGGAAAUCAGCAGGCUCAACCCUUUCCUCAAAGGGGUCAUAGAAGUGAACCCGGAUGCGCUUUAUCUUGCGGACAAGGCUGACUACGAGCGCAAGACUAAGGCACCAUCUGUGUCACUCUCUAAGUUACAUGGCAUUCCCAUUCUGGUCAAGGACAACAUUGCAACCAAGGACAAGUUAAACAACACAGCUGGCUCUUAUGCUCUGCUUGGCUCUGUUGUGCCCCGGGACGCCGGUGUGGUGACCAAAUUGAGGAAGGCUGGGGCUAUCAUACUGGGAAAGGCCAGCUUGAGUGAGUGGGUCUAUGGGAGGUCCAAUCAUACACCUCCUGGUUGGAGUGGCAGAGGUGGCCAAGGGGUGUUCUCAACAGAUGCCGCAUAUGUUCUUGAUGUCAUUGCAGGCAUUGACAGCAAUGACCUUGCAACAAGUGAGGCAUCGAGGUACAUUCCCAAGGGCGGCUAUGCACAAUUUCUCAGACCUGAUGGACUUAGAGGUAAGAGAAUAGGGAUAGUGACAGCCUUGUUCAACUUCGUCGGUGACGCUUCGCAGACUCAAACUUUUGAACAGCAUUUCAACACUCUGAGGAAAAGAGGUGCUGUUUUGGUAGACAAUUUGGAAAUAGCACAUUUUGAUGAAAUCUACAAUGCAAGUAGUGAAAUCAUUGCAUUGUCUGCUGAGUUCAAAAUUUACUUGAACACAUACCUCAAGAACUUGGUGGCUUCGCCAGUCCGAUCCUUGGCAGACGUGAUAGCCUUCAACAAUAAAAACUCAAAACUGGAGAAAGUGAAGGAGUAUGGCCAAGGCCUACUCUUGGAAGCUGGAGCAACAAAUGGGAUUGGCAAUGCAGAGAAAGCAGCGCUGGUAAACUUGGCAAAGCUAUCGAAAAAUGGUUUCGAGAAGCUCGUGACGAAGAAGAGGCUAGACGCAGUGGUGGCUCCAUCUGAAGCCGUGUCGACGUUGCUCGCCAUAGCAGGUUCCCCAGGUGUGGUUGUCCCAGCAGGAUAUACUAAAGAUGGGGUACCGUUUGGCAUCUCCUUUGGCGGGCUGAGGGGUUCGGAGCCAAAGCUAAUUGAGAUAGCAUACGGCUUUGAGCAAGCCACUAAGAUUAGGAAGCCUCCUUCACUUAAAAACUUCAAGAUUUAGAGCCCCAUUUUAUUGUUAUUGAAGCUAAUGAGUGCACUAUUGUAGUCUCAUGAUCAACAAAAUGCUAAGAAUAAUAAUGACGGGUCUUUGAUCA